AGCGAGUUCCCUCUCCCUCCUGCAGAAGCUUGGGUGAGAAGGGAGGUUUCUCCCUCACACUGGCUGAGCUUUGAGCUGUGUACUAAUGACAGCACAAGGAGGAGAGGAACUAGAGAUUGACAGUCAUGAGAGAUUUUUGUUGCUGUUUAGGAUAGACCUCUCUCCAUUUCUUCUUCUGUCUUUCCAUUUAUUCUGCACCUCCCUCUUUUUCCUUCCUCCAAACCCUUUCCUCCAGCCCAGCCCUUGUCUUCCCUUUGUCCUAGUUCUCCUUGCCUUUUCAGUAAGUGAGGAAUUAAAUAAGCCUCUAUGGAGACAAAACCAAAUGCAAUAGCAUCCCUUGCCUGCCUGGAUAGGAUGCUGAUGAAGUUAGUGAAGAGACAUCUCCUUAGGAUGCUGCUUUUAUUUUAUUAUUUAGUCCAGCAUGCACCAGGUCAGGACUGCGGGAGCAUCCUUAGAGCCACAUGCAUGCUUGGAAUAAAAGAGCUCACUGUGUAGUCACAGAGCACCUCCAUACCCAGGCACCUGCUACCUGAAAUGCCAGUAACCUCCCCCCGGGCACUGCCCCACACACAGGAAAGGUGGGGUCUGACCAGCACCAAGGGCUCCCCAUCACUCAGACGAGGCCCACCUGGAAUCAGCAAUAAAGAGGGGUCUGAGAUACCAGCCUCAGGGUGUUUGUGUUUAGUAGGUAAUGAAGGAGCCUGAGGAGUAAAUUAAAAAAGAAAGAUGCAGAGGAAGGGUUUCUCUGCUUUUACAGUGUGCUUGGCUGGGGCCAUCCCUUGGUGCUGCUGUCUUGUAUCUGUGCUAUCAGAGUAAAUAAACCUCCUCUUGUAAAUGCUGACCUCAAGCUGUGUAGUAAAUUCUGGUGCCAGCCAAACCUGUGUUUGGUCGCUCGCAGUGUGUUCUUCUCAGUAUGAGGCUGCUGUAUUGCUUUCACCACAAGCACCAAACGCUGUUAGAUGCUUUCCUUUGGGACUCAAUUCCAGCUGCAUGACCUAGGAUUACAGUUGCUAUGGCGAUAAGACAGUUAGUGAAGGAAGGAGUGAAAGCUUUGCUCUGCCCCCAAGACGCAAUAUGGAAGCCAUUGCCAAGUUUGAUUUCACGGCUUCUGGAGAAGACGAGUUGAGCUUCCAGGCUGGGGAUGUGUUGAAGAUUUUGAGUUCCCAGGAAGAGUGGUACAAGGCUGAGCUCAGAAGUCACGAGGGCUACGUUCCUAAGAACUUCAUUGAUUUCCAUGUUCCCCCCUGGUUUGAUGAGAAAAUAUCCCGCCACGAAGCAGAGAACCUCCUCAUGAGCAAAGGAGUUGGCUGCUUCAUUGUCCGAGCCAGUCAGAACUCUCAUGGUGACUUCUCCAUCUCUGUCAGGCAUGAAGAUGAUGUACAACACUUCAAAGUGAUGAGGGAUUCAAAGGGUAGCUAUUACCUGUGGACAGAGAAAUUCCACUCGCUAAACAAACUGGUGGACUACUACAGGACGACUUCCAUCUCCAGGCAGAAGCAGAUCUUCCUAAGGGACAACAGCCAAGAAGGAAAGGAGAGGCAUGGCGGGAGCCUGGAACAGAUAGGUCGGGAAGGAUUCCAUGUGGGAGGAGCAGCUGGAGAAGAUCAUUCUUCUAUAUCCAAGAGAUAUGUAGAGCAUCCUAUUCCCAUACUGCAGCAGCAGCAGGAAAGAUAUGGUGGGAGUCUGGACAGGAAAGACAUGAUGCAUAGACUAAGGGAUCAUGGCCAAGGAAGUGCAGGAGCUAUGCAACGGAGACACACAGACCCACUGCACCAGCAGACACAGAGAACGCUGUGGGUCCGUGCCUUGUACGACUUCGAUGCGAUGGAGCACGAUGAGCUGGGCUUCCGCAGUGGGGACAUCUUAGAGGUCCUGGACAGCUCCAACCCAUCCUGGUGGAAAGGACGCCUGCGUGGGGAACUGGGUCUCUUCCCUGCCAACUAUGUCACACCGGUGCUGCUGUGAGGGCACAGUAUGGCCCAGAGGUCUCUGCUGGAGCUGCUCUUCUGACAUGACAGGGACAGAGAAGGAGUUCAUCUUCCCUUGCCACCAGGACACACAUUGUUUUUUGUUUUGUCUUAAUUUAUUGGCAAUUGAUCUAUUGAAAUGUUGGUAUGAAAGAGAACCCUUUGAAAAAGAAUUUUUUACCCCUUUUUUUCACAGUCAUGAAAGGG